AAACGAAUACCGUCGUCGUCUCCGACGCUCGCGACGCCGUCUCAUAUCCUUGUGGACGGCGACAGCUGCAGGAGCUGCUGCUGCCGUUCGUGCGCGUGGCGGCGCUGCUGCGCCACCACCUGUUCGGCGGCUCGCUGCCCGAGAUCCAGGCGCCGCGCCAGGAGUUCGUGCGCCUGGUGUACUACCUGGAGCUGGUGACGGACGGCAUGGAGUGGAGCGCGUGGUCGGCGGCGAGGGCGCUGCCCGCCGGCGCCGCAGCCGCCGCCCGCUGCUGGGCGCGCGAGCUGGGCGCGGCGGCGGCGCGCGGCCAGCUGGUGGUGCGCCGCAUCCUGCGCGGCCUGCACGCCGACUGGGCGGCGCCGGCGCUGCUGGCGCUGCCGCGCGACUACGACCGCCUCUUCACCUACUACCACGAGCGCGUGUGCCUGCAGUGCGGCGCCGUGCCCAAGGAGGCCUCCGUGUGCCUGCUCUGCGGCACGCUGGUCUGCCUCAAGCAGAACUGCUGCCGCCAGCACCAGGUCGCCGAGGCCGUGCGGCAUGCGAUGGAGUGCGGCGGCGGCACGGGCAUCUUCCUGGUGGUGACGUCCACUUACAUCAUCGUGAUCCGCGGACGACGCGCCUGUCUCUGGGGCAGCCUCUACCUCGACGACUACGAUGAAGAGGACCGCGACCUCAAACGCGGCAAGCCGCUGUACCUGAGCCAGGACCGGCUGGAGCUGCUGCAGGCGCAGUGGCUGGCGCACCGCUUCGACCACACCAAGCGCACGUGGGUGUGGCACCGCGACUCGCUCUGACUCGCCUCCCCGGACAGAUACAUCUGGAUUAUUAAAAAAAAACGAAAGUAAUCGUAACAGGAAAUAAUCAACUUGAAAACGGCUACACAAAUCCUAGUGGAAAAAUGUAAACAUCGGCAAUUUAUAGCAAAUAAUUUAAAACAUUUAUAUAGAAGCAUCAAAUGCUUGUGUGCAAGAUUAAAAUUUGGUACGUUAUUAUUUCAAAUUUACAAUUUGUCAGUCUCCAGUUGACGUAACCAUAUUCCGGCGUUCCCUUUAAAUCAUAUAUUCCAUUUAUUACGUUUCCAUGACUGAUAGACAAUGGGAUUUUUUACUACUUGAAAGAGACGUAACGAUUUUGAAGUAUGAUUUAUGAAGUAUACAAAAUUUGCACAGUACGAAUAAUUGCUGAAAAAUAAUAUAAAAAAAUGAAACCUGUUGUAUUAUAUUUAAUAUGAAAUUAUAGUAUGUAUUUUUAAAUUUGCGAACUUUCGUAAAUAACUAUCUCUUGCCUCCAAAAUUUCUGUUUUUAUUCUCUUGUAAAUAUUAUCAUAAAGUUCUAAUAAAGCGAGGCAAAUUUUCAAGUGAAUUUAUGUAUUAAAAAAGAAAUAAAAAUGAUAAAUUGUAACAUUUCGUAUAUAGUUUUGUGAAAGGUAUUGAUUGGCACGCUCGUGAAUAAUAAUAAAGCAGAGAAAUGUAUGUAUCCAUGAGAUACUUCGACCCUACUCUCGAAGCACAAAAUCCGUUUUCCCACAACCUCUCGAAGUCUCAACGAAAGGACGGGCCCGUUGGAAACUUUCAAAUCGCGUUAUCAUACAUACUUACUUCUAGCCCCGAUCGACUCAAGUCUAUAGAUCAUCCAUAAAAACAGCCGUAAUUACGAAUUUCGUGGUUUGAGAGUAGGCCCCCCUUUUUCGGAUACUAUCCAGUCGAAAUCAAUCAAACAUGGACAAUUUUGUUUCCGAUCUCACGAUUGGUCAUUUUGACACUAAAAAUUACUCCAAAAAAAAAAAGAAAGUAAACGUGCCGUUGCCUAUAUUAA